CGGGCGAAGGCGCCCCGAGCACCCCCGCCCCUCCCCGCUGCUCAGCGUCACGCGUGACGUCCCGUCCUCUCAGGAGGGCGGCGGCGACGCACGGAGAGGAAGGCAGGUCUGAGAGCUGCAGAGGCCCGGAGCCCUGGAAGGCAAAAUGGGUGAACUGCCCUUAAAUAUCAACAUCGAGGAACCUCGCUGGGACCAAAGCACUUUCCUGGGCAGAGCCAGGCACUUCUUCACUGUCACCGAUCCCCGAAAUCUACUGCUAUCCGGGGCACAGCUGGAAGCUUCCCGCAACAUUGUACAGAACUACAGGGCCGGCGUGCUCACUCCGGGGCUCACCGAGGACCAGCUGUGGAGGGCCAAGUACGUGUACGACUCUGCCUUCCACCCGGACACGGGAGAGAAGGUGGUCCUGAUUGGCCGCAUGUCAGCCCAGGUGCCCAUGAACAUGACCAUCACUGGCUGCAUGCUCACCUUCUACAGGACGACCCCAACCGUGGUGUUCUGGCAGUGGGUGAAUCAGUCCUUCAACGCCAUUGUAAACUACUCCAACCGCAGCGGCGACGCUCCCAUCACCGUGGGGCAGCUGGGAACAGCCUAUGUGAGUGCCACCACUGGGGCUGUGGCCACGGCUCUUGGACUCAAAUCCCUCACCAAGCACCUGCCUCCCCUGGUCGGCAGAUUUGUGCCCUUUGCAGCGGUGGCAGCCGCCAACUGCAUCAACAUCCCUCUGAUGCGGCAGAGGGAGCUGCAGGUGGGCAUCCCGGUGACUGACGAGACAGGUCAGAGGCUUGGCCACUCGGUGACUGCGGCCAAGCAGGGAAUCUUCCAGGUGGUGGUAUCGAGAAUCUGCAUGGCGAUUCCUGCCAUGGCCAUCCCCCCUGUGAUCAUGGACACUCUGGAGAAGAAAGACUUCCUGAAGCGCCGCCCCUGGCUGGGGGCACCCCUGCAGGUGGGACUGGUGGGCUUCUGCCUGGUGUUUGCCACGCCCCUGUGCUGUGCCCUGUUUCCCCAGAGGAGGGACCUCAUAGCCUCUCCAGGGACGGACCCACCAGGUGACUCCGAAGUGUCUCCACACACUGGAAUUUUCACCAGAAGUAAGCCUGUGGGUGGGGCGUGCGGCUCACUUUCUUCACCCACCUCAUUCUCGGGUGGGUCGGCCUUCUUUCCAGUGCUUAGAGGCCAGGAACUUCUCUGGGAGGCUGCAUCUCUUCCCCUCGCCUGGCCUCAUCCACUCCAGGGCCUCCAUUCUGCCCUUAUUAAGAUAGAACACAAAACACAACCCUCCUCUCUCCCCCACUACAGUCUAAACGGGAAAAUAAAGGGCUUCAGUCCGGAGCCCUGGCUUAGCCUCGUCACAGUGAGCAUCUCCUGCCCCUGUCUUGGAUUCCAGGACCGGAUGAAGCCACCAUCCUAAGGACAGGCGGUUAGGGCCAAUUUCAGCGCCAGCCCUGCGGGGUCACACCAGUCAGACUUUAGCCUGGUCUGGCCAGGUUCCAGGCAGCGCCAAUCCUAUUCCCUCCGGGUAAAGCCUGGCAGCUUCAAGCCCCGCCCCCAGCCAUCGGUAAGCCACGCCCACCAGAGACGUAGCCGGCUGCUAGAGUCUCGCCCCCCGCGGUGGCCCUGUCGGUCCUUCCGUUUCCCGGGCAACGGCGGUAGCGCCUUGGGUCGCGGGUCCGGCUCACCUUCUUCCCUGAGCCUGGAGCAUGCAUCUCGAAUCGGCUGCCCUGCUGCUCCUGGUCCCGGACUGCUAAAUCCGCCAAUCCCCACCCCCCCUUCUUUCCAGUUUCGAAAUCCAAGAGCUUCCCAGGGCCCGCCCUUUGACUUCCUGCCCGGAAACGCGCGAGGUUUUCGAGGAAUCACGCGAGGCCUCUCCUGGUCCCAAGCCCCCAUUUGGGCAGCCGCCUCCCGGGCUUCGGCCCUUCCCCCCGUGCCGUCCGCCUCGCUCGCGCUCCCUGGCCUCCCACCCAGGAGUUCAGGAAGCGUGUUCGGAACCCCGGCAGCUGGGCUCUGCGAGGGGGACCCGCCUUCGCGCCUGCGGGCCGACGUCGCGGCGCCUCUCGUCUUUCCUCUCCGCGGGCGCUGCGGUCGUCUCGGUCCUGAUGCGGGCACCACCCUUUGCCAGCUGGGUCAUUCUCCAAAAGGGAGCUUCCUGGGAUGUUCCAGUCCCAGCCCAGGCCGCCAGGGCGCCAACGGCAGCCCCAGCUCCAGGCGCUGGCCUCCUCCAGCUUCCCCCUUUCCAUCUCAGACCCAGGAGUUCUUGCGGCUGAACUGGCGGACCCGGCGUGUGCGGGGCGGAGGAUCCCUCCUUAGCUUGGGCUACACUGACAACCCCGAGCCACCCCCAGCACAUCCAACAGGAAAAUAACACGCGCGGUGCUCUUAACAGGCAGCGAGAAGCUCCUUCCAGAAGGUGCUUACUUAAGGGGCAGGGCUGGCUGUGUUAGUCUGUAAAUUAACCAGUUAAGGGCCUAUAUUCUUUUCCUUCUGACCGAAGCCCUCCCUCCCCUCCCACCAGCAAGUCCUCACUGCAUUGAUAUUUUUUUUCCCCAGAAGGAGCACUUCUGUUUGAACUUUGAUUGAAGCUGAAAUGUGUUCAGUUGUUGAGAGCAAUGAUUGUGAAGAGUGGUUAUGUUGGAAGGGUUCUGCUAUAGUUGUCAGAACCAGGAACGGUGCUCACCAACAGGGCCUGGGGAAAGGCAGGGAGCUGGGUGGGUCUGGAGUGUAUAGGCACUUCCAUUAAGAACCCAGAGUGGGGGCCCGGCGCUGUGGUGUAGUGGGCUAAGCCUCUGCCAGGCUGAAGCCAAGAGCCUGGAACUCCACCCAGGUCUCCCAUGUGGGCAUCAGGGACCCAAGGACUUGGGCCAUCUGCUGCUGCUUUACCAGGCCAUAGCAGAGAGCUGGAUCGGAAGUGGAGCAGCUGGGACUCGAACCAGCGCCCAUAUGGGAUGCUGGCACUGCAAUCGGCGGCUUUACCCACUCCGCCACAGCACCGGCCCCCAAGGCUGUGCUUUAUCUGUUUCUCUGCACCUGCCAGUGCCCUCUUCCUUUGGCAGUUCCCUGUGUGGCUGACCUACCCUCCACUUUUGCACCUUCCUGGGGCUGGUACCAGGUUGCCACCAUGUAAGUCAAUCUAGAAGAGAUGUAUCUUCCCUUUAUUUAUUUUUUUAAGAUUGAUUUAUUUGGGCCGGCGCCACGGCUCACUAGGCUAAUCCUCCGCCUCUGGUGCCAGCACUCCGGGUUCUAGUCCUGGUCAGGGCGCCGGUUCUGUCCUGGUUGCUCCUCUUCCAGUCCAGUUCUCUGCUGUGGCCCAGGAAGGCAGUGGAGGAUGGCUGAAGUGCUUGGGCCCUGCACCGAAUGGGGGACCAGGUGGAAGCACCUGGCUCCUGGCUUCAGAUUGGCACAGCG